AUGGCACUUUUACUAACGGGAUCGAGAGUGCCGAUGAGGUCAACGUCGGACGCUUCUUCUUCUUCUUCUUCUUCUUCUUCUUCGAAGUUUACCCUCGCGACGGCGAAAAGAGGAAAAGGAGGCAAAGAAGGAAAACACAACGCGCGGCGAUGCGGUGCCUUUGCGAAGACGACGAGUGCGACGACCACCGCCACGCCUUCUGCCGCGAAUGAUGAUUUGACCUCCUCGUCGAAGACAUCGUCGUCGGCGGUGGUCUUUCGACAUCAUCAUCAUCCUCGCAAAAGUCGAAACGACGCUUUGAAACCGCUGAAAGCGAUGACGAACGACAGCGAGUACGACGAGAGCGAGACCACACCGAGAGGAGACGACGAAGGUGUCAUCGAUAUUUCCGCGAUUUCCGUCGGCGACUCGUUCGAUUCUUCUUCUUCUUCUUUGAAUUCUUCAGAAGAAGAGGAAAAAGUGGUCCAAGAAGAGAAACCGGUGGACGCGUUUUUGGAUACGCCGCCGCCGGCGUUUUUUUCCUCCCCUCCGGAGAAGAAAGCGGUUUUACCGGACGAAACGUUGUCGCAGACGAACAACGAUUCAGAAGUGAUUACGAGUUUAGUGACGACGAAGAAUCAAUCGGGCGGGAAAGGGAAGUUUUUGUUUUCGUUUCGGGACGCGAAGAGGUUUUUCGGGACGUUUAUGUUAAUCGCGGUUGGUGGGUUGGCGUUGCCGAUUCCGGCGUAUCGACACUUUGCGAAUACGACGACGAGUUUAGUGAGCGGGAAGAUAUCGCAAGCGACGGAUUUUGUGCAGCAACUGGUGCCAGAGUCGGAGAAGGCGAUUGCGAGGCACGCUGCGCACGAAGCGGAGGAGACGGGGAUGCGAGAUGCGCUGUUUUUGAUGAUUACGGCCAUUUUUUGCGUGUAUGCGGUCUCGAAAGUGCCCGGCGGGUCUCCAGUGGUUGGUUUUUUGCUCGGAGGGGCGUUGAUUGGCCCGUACGCGACUGGAAUUAUCACGCACGUCUCGCAAGUGAAAGUGCUCGCGGAAUUUGGGGUUAUUUUCUUGCUCUUUAACAUCGGUUUGGAAUUAUCGUACGACCGUUUGGUGUCCAUGGCGAAAUUUAUUUUUGGGAUGGGCGCGUUGCAAGUGAUCAUAUCGACGUUGGCGAUUGCCUCGUUUGGCGUCGCUUUGGGUGGGUUGACGUUACCGGCGGCGUUGUGCGUCGGGGUGGCGUUGGCGUUUUCGAGUACCGCCGUGGCGUUGCAAGUAUUGCAAGAUUCCGGGGAAUCACAAACGAGACACGGGAGAGCGACGUUUUCAGUGCUGUUGUUUCAAGAUUUGUCCGUGGUGAUGGUGUUUAUGCUCGUGCCGUUGUUAGCCGGACCGGAUGCGAGCAACGUCGGCGCGAUUGCGUUGGCCUUGUGUAAAGCGGUGGCGAAGACAGUCGUGGCGGUUGUCGGUAUUAUUUUUGCCGGUCGCGCGGUUUUAAAACCAGUAUAUAAUCGAAUCGCGAGUAUUUCCGAUGAAAUCAUGCUGGCGUUGACGUUGACGUGCGCUUUAGGGACGGCGUUGUUGACGCAAUCGCUCGGGUUGAGCAUGGCGCUCGGCGCGUUUCUCGCCGGUUUGCUCUUGGCAGAAACGGAGUUUCAUUUACAAGUCGAAGCGGAUAUCGCACCCUUUCGCGGUUUACUCUUGGGAUUGUUCUUCAUGACGGUCGGGAUGACCAUCGAUCCGCGUUUGUUAGUCUCUUCGCUUUGGGAGAUUCUCGCCAUUGUCGUGUGCUUGGUACUCGGGAAACUCGGGGUUAUUUUCGCCAUCGGCCCGAUUUUCAACGUCUCGCGUUUGAAUUGUUUUCGAGCGGGAUUGUACAUCGCGCCAGGAGGCGAAUUUGCGUUCGUGACGUUCGCAGAAGCCAUGCGAGUCGGUUUAUUAAGCACGACGUUAAUCGCGAAAGUAUCCCUGGCGGUUUCGAUUUCCAUGGCGAUUACGCCGUACCUCGCCAUUUUAGGACAACGAAUGGCCAAGAUGAAAAAAGCCGGGACGCCGCAAGCGACGACGAUCGCUGCGCAAGUCGAAGGUCAAGUCGAAGAGUUGAGUGGACACGUGAUUAUUGGUGGUUACGCGCGCAUGGGCCAAAUUAUUGGCGAAGUGUUAUCGGAAGCUAACGUACCUUUUGUCGCUUUAGAUACCAACGCGGACAACGUGAGAAUCGGGAGGAAGAGCUCCAAGACGGUGUUUUUUGGUGACGUCUCUUCAAAGACAGUUUUAGAAGCCGUUCGCGCGGAUACGGCGGCGGCGGUCGUCUUGACGACGACGAAUGAAUUCGCCGUCGCGACUUUACGCAGAGAGUAUCCGCACAUCGACGUGUACGUUCGCGCGAAGGACGUCCAAUCUGGAUUGAGGCUCGAGAAAGCGGGCGUGAAGGUGGUGGUGGACGAAACGUUAGGGCCAGCGCUUUUACUCGCCGAACGCGUCAUGCUUAAAAAAGCAUCGAUGAGUAGACAAGAGGUGAAGUCACAGUUGGCCAAAUAUCGCAAGAAGCACGGUUGGCAAACGAUGAGCUAUGAGGAGUUCGAGGAGCAAAUUUUGAACAUUCAAAGCCCGGUUCCACCGAUGCCUCCUGGUACAACAGUUUAA